ACAUCAUUCUAAUUAACCAAAACCUUAAAUAAAGAAACUCUCUGUGCAGACAUUUUACAGCCGUAACUGUAAUGGUAAUGCCUGCUGAUGUUUAUAAAUAUGGAGCGUUCCAGUGGUUUGCUUGUAUUUCUAUGUUCUUAUUGGUUAUAUUAUCUGUUUAUAUUUACUUCCCCGUAUUUUUCAACCUUCAACUAACAAGUGCAUAUGAGUACUUGGAAAGAAGAUUCGACAAAAAGACCAAGUUUUUAGCAUCCACAUUGUAUCUGGUGUGCGAACUUAUUUUUCUCGCUGUAGCUGCUUAUACACCAUCGUUGGCACUUUCAAUCUCUACUGGAAUUAACGUGCAUUUAAUAUCUUCUACAAUUUGUGCUAUAUGUGUGUUUUAUACUGCAAUCGGAGGAUUGAAAACAGUGGUUUGGACGGAUUUUUUUCAGUUUGGUGUAAUUAUAGUAACGCUGCUAAUAGUAUCUGUUGUUGGUAGUAUUUCAAGUGGAGGUUUCUUAUCAAUAUGGAAACAAGCUUUAAAAGGCGACAGACUUAAUAUAUUUGAUUUGGAUCCGAAUCCAACAAAACGAGACAGUUUUUGGGGUUAUUUGUUUGGAUUUACUGCCCACUAUACUAACUACGUCAGUCUUACCCAAUCUGGAUUACAGAAAUUUUUAGCUCUACCAACGUUUCGUGAAAGUGUGUGGUCUGUGAUUUAUGUGGGUAUUUGUCUAAGCAUCGUAUAUACUUUCAUUGUUUUCAUUGGUCUCCUGAUGUAUGCAAAAUAUUCAAAAUGUGAUCCUUUUCUCAGCAGAAAAAUCCAAAGGCAUGAACAGAUGGUACCUUAUUAUAUUAUGAAUGUAGCUGGACAUGUACCUGGUAUUUCAGGUUGUUUCUUGGUGGCUUUAUUUUGUGCUUCAUUGAGUACAAUAUCGUCAAGUUUAAACGCUAUAGCUGGCGUAUUUUACAAAGAUUUCUUGUAUAGAUUUUUAAGUAAAAAUAUUAAGGAAAAAACUGUGACAAAUAUUUUGAAAUUGAUUGUCGCACUUUGUGGCAUUGCAAUCAUAGGUUUGGUUUCAAUAAUGCAGCAUUUGGGAGACAUUGCUCCAUUGGCUGCUAGUAUUGCAGCAAUGUCACAUGGACCCUCCAUGGGCAUGUUCACCUUAGGCGUUCUGUUUCCAAAAGCAAACGCUGAAGGUGCAUUUUAUGGAGCUAUUGGUGGUUUCAUUUUCACAGCAAGUAUCGCCAUACCUUUAAAGUUUUACAAUUUAGAGAAAACGUUUGCCUACCCAUCAAAACCUCUCUCAGUUGAAAGUUGCAGUGUUUCAAAUCAAACGACAGAAUUUGAUUUUCAACAGUUAAAUAAUUCUCUUGUGCAUUCUAGUACUUCUUCAUCGUAUUUGGCCCCUAAAAGUAAACCAAUAGAAAAUAAUGUUGGGACUGGUUUGUACCAGAUAAGUCAGAUAAGAGAGAAAUGCAAAAUCUCGUAA